UAAACAACAAAAAGGGACUUAUACCUCACCCGUCUCUUGAUCUUUGCAGCUUGGCGUAGUUGACUCCUUGGACGGGGUAUUCUACCAGCCCGAAGGACGUGGACGUUGUGCCACCUGAGACCCACCUGAGACCCUCGCAUAUUUCUAUCACCCGUGCCCAGUCAACAGAACGCCACCACCUGUGGGGAUCAAGAUGCUCCAAGCACCAUCUCAAACCUUCAACACGACGCCAAAGAUCACGAGAGGCCAUUCCUGCAUAUUAUGCCAGCAGCGCAAAGUUAAAUGUGAUAGGCAAAAGCCCUGCUCAAACUGUGUUAAAGCAAGGGCUGAGUGUGUUCCGAGUGCACCCCUUCCACCACGCCGAAGGAAAAGGAAGCUCACCGAGAUUGAUCUCGCUGCUCGGCUCCGAAAAUAUGAACACCUUCUACGGACCCAUGGCGUGAAAUUCGAUCAUGAUGAUGAGGCACCUCCAGAAACUGGUGAGCGGUCGCACGUGUCGUCACGCUCCAACGGAGCGGGGUCUAAUGGAUUGUCAAUGAGUGUUGCACGAGCUCGCAAUGCAGAGAGGGGAGCCUUAUUUGCCGACAAGGAGAACUCACAUUAUGUUGAGAAUACGUUGUGGGAAAACUUGCGAGACGAGAUACAGGAUCCAAAAGAUGCUCUCCAUGAAGGAUCAUCAGAAGAUGACUUUCCCGAUCAGGGUGGUUAUCCUACACUAGAAGGAUUUCUUUUUGGGUCGCUUGGAGGACUUUCACAAGAUUUGAAAGACCUCCAUCCUCCACCAGUACACAUCUUUCGAUUGUGGCAGACAUUCCUCGUUAAUGUCAACCCCAUGGUGAAACUGUUCCAUGCACCCACGAUCCAGCAAAUGAUAUUGGAUGCAAGCGGCGAUCUUGCAAACGUGCCACGGCAUACGGAAGCAUUAAUGUUCUCUAUUUACUUCAUCUCGGUCGUGUCUCUUCAAGAUCAAGAUUGCAGGUCAAUGUUCAAUGAAUCGAAGGAAACACUUUUGGCAAAGUAUUCGACUGGAACCCAACAAUCCUUGGCGAAUUCGAGGCUUCUCAAGUCGCUGAAUAUCUUAACUCUACAGGCUUUUAUACUGUAUCUUCUUGGUGUGCGACGAACGUAUGAUCCUCAUUCUCUGUGGAUCUUGAGUGGUGUUGCCGUGCGGAUCUCACAACGUCUUGGUCUCCAUCAUGACGGAGGACACCACCAAAUAUCUCCAUUCGAUGCAGAGAUUCGACGUCGAACAUGGUGGCAGGUGGUCUUCCUCGACGGGCACUCCUCAAAGCUUGCCGGGGCUGGAUUUCCUGCGUGGCUCGCCAAAUUUGAUACAAAAGUGCCGCUGAAUAUCAGUGACAGCGAUCUGAGUCCAGGCAUGACGGAUCCGCCACAGUCGAAAGAGGGAGCUACUGAGAUGUUAUUUUGCUGCUUAAGAUAUGAGAUUGCACAAGCAUUUCGAGGCGCGAAGCCUGGCACCCCAUGCAAAGAGGCUACAGUACUAUCCUGUGCUACCGGUCCUGAGCUGAUACCUGAAAAGGACAGAGCUAUCGAUGACUUAGAAGCAAGAUUCCAGGAGCAUUUUCUCCGGUACUGCGACCCCUCGAUUCCACUCCAUCUUCUCACUAUCUACGUUGCCAAAUCAGUUAUCUGUACCAUGCGAAUCAUGGCGCACCAUCCUCGGCAAUAUCCAGACAAAGGAGCAAGCAUGCCUCAAAAAGAGAAAGACAUGCUCUUCACCGAAUCCCUGAAGGAGCUCGAAUUCGACUCCCUUGGCCAUACAAACAAGUCUGUGCAAGGCUACCUCUGGCACGUAGCAUCACACUUCCAACUCGACCCCUUCAUUUACCUCCUCAGCGAGCUUCGCCAUCGGACCUCAGGCGAGCUUGUCAAUCGUGCGUGGCGACAAGUCGAAUUGUCCUUCCAAAAUCGCCCGGAAAUGAUCAACAACACAAAGAACAGCCUCUACGUCGCCAUCGGCACCCUUGCCCUCAAAGCUUGGCAAAAGCGCGAAGAAGCACAAGGCAACUACCAAAUUCCUCCCCCACGCUUCAUCUCGCUGCUACGCGCCCAACGCAACAUUGCAGAAGUCCCUGAACAGGUUGCCCUGCCUGCUCCACUCCCGAUGGUGAAUCACUAUAUGGGCUCCAAUGGCGUCGCAGAUUAUGCGAAUAAUGUCCCGCAAGGUCUAACAUAUAAUAAUAUAGCACCAGGAGAUACAGCGGAGAUGCAAUGGGCUGGUCCUGAUGCGUUGGGUUUCGAUAUGAAUAUGCCGGAGAUCACACCUGUGGACUGGGAGUACUGGCAGACGCUCAUGGAUGGAGAAUUACCUGCGUAUACAGGGGAGGGGCAGAAUUUCUUCAACUGAAUGAAGCUACCAUCCCAGUUUUUAAGAAGCAAAAAGUUGCAAAAUUGAAUGCGAUAUCUCCCAGCUGUUCAAUCGUUGACAAAGCGAGCACUUCUAAGUACCAAACCCCAUGCACGACUUUCAGACCCAGCACAAAAUCAACGCAAAAGUGACAGAAACUCAUCUCCCUCAAGAUCUUAUGCCCUACCACAGGAAUUUCAACCAACCUUGCUCUGCACCAAAACCACCUUCCACCCAUGUCCCAUAAACUUACAUUUUUCCACUUCGGCGGCUCCCCCGCCUGCAUCAUUUCAACAAUAACAACAACAACACUUCUUUAUCUGUUGUACAGUCAGUGCCAGAUAAGGGUUGAUCUGUGACGGGUCAAGUUUAAUGACCAUGGACGAUUAGUGAAGGGGCGUAGACUCUGGUGCGCAGAAGGGGCCUGCUGUAAAGCAGAUGCAGCAGCUCGUUGGCGUGGGUGAGAGUGGCGGAGGCGGCCGAGUGGGAGGAGGUGGAGGAGGUGUGGUGGUUUCAUGGGCUCGAGUGAGGGCGAGGUUGAUUAUAAGGGCUAUAUAGAUGGUAGUUCUUGUGAAUAUGAAAGCGAUGUUGUGAGUGAAGCUGGUGGCAUUGAUAGGAGCUGUGCUGUGGUUGACGAUAGAAGAGGCAAGGGGGCUGUGGAACCGUUUCUUGCGGAAUUUGUCUCCGGAGGGCUCGAGGAUAGAGGUAUGAUAGAUUUUUUUUUUUUGAAAGUGUUGUCUCGGUUCUGUCCAAGGAUGUGUUCUGCAUGCUGUGCUGUGCUGUUCAGAAAUUGAAGUGCACAGAGGGGUGCAGCACCAGUGCAGCUUACAGUUAUCCUUUCAACUGCCUAGAACACUCUCUUUCAGGAGGCAGCGCUGAAGCGGGUCACAAAAGCUGCCUAUCACUUCCGUAUUUCAGGCGUUUCUCGCUUAAUUACAGGGCACUCCUUCAGGCCACCCGUCCCCGUGAAGAUGUGUGUUUGUUUGCUUUGACAAUUGAGGGGAUAGUGAGUUUUUUUUUGGAGCCGAGGUCAAGAGAUGAAAGAAGCAAGUGAUUAGUAAGAGAGGUUUAAACAUCCCGAAGAUUAUGAAAAGGUAUGGUUUGCCGUUGUAUGCGUGAAGUGAAGGUUGGAAAUUAGAAAUUUUGAGGGUCUUUGAAUUUGGCCU